AUGUUUGCUGCUUCCCUUCGUUCAGUCACUCGCAAUGGCCCUACGGUGGCCCGCAGCUUCAGUUCUACUUCCGCAACAUGCGCUGCCGAGGUCAAGUCGCUAGGUGUGAUCGGUGCGGGACAGAUGGGCCUAGGAAUUGCUCUAGUUGCUGCCCAGAAGGCUCAGGUGCCGGUGACUCUGGUCGAUAGCUCGCAAGCUUCAUUGGAUAAAGGCCUCAAGUUUGCCGAUAAACUCCUCGAGAAGGAUGUCUCUAAGCAGCGGCUCACCCGCGAAGCUGCUGAUGCAGCGCGCGGUCUCCUCAUACCCACCCUCAAGAUAGACGACCUCUCCUCGGUCGACUUCGUCAUUGAAGCUGUGCCCGAGAUCCCCGACCUCAAAUCCAGCAUCUUCGCCAAGCUCGCACAGAUCGCGCCCAAGCAUGCAAUUCUCGCAACCAACACCUCGUCCAUCUCCAUCACCAAGAUCGCAGCCGCCACUACCACCAACCCGACGGAUCUGCAAGCUCCCUCGCGGGUGAUCUCGACGCACUUCAUGAACCCCGUUCCAAUUCAAAAGGGUGUGGAGAUUAUCCGAGGUCUGCAGACCUCGCAGGAAACGAUGGACACGGCAAUUGCCUUUGUGCAGCGCAUGGGCAAGGUCGCUUCGGUCUCGGCUGACUCGCCCGGUUUCCUGGCGAAUCGUAUUCUCAUGCCCUACAUCAAUGAGGCCGUGAUCUGUUUGGAGACGGGCGUUGGAGCUCGGGAGGAUAUCGAUAAUAUCAUGAAGACCGGUACUAAUGUCCCCAUGGGUCCUUUGACUCUAGCAGAUUUCAUUGGUCUCGACACUUGCCUGGCUAUCAUGAAUGUCCUUCACCAAGAGACCGGAGACAGCAAGUACAGGCCCGCUGGUCUGCUGCGGAGAAUGGUAGACGCCGGCUGGGUGGGUAAGAAGUCGGGCAAGGGCUUCUAUGACUACUGA